AUGAAAGCCUAUGAUGAUUUCGAAAACUCUGUCAAUCAGGGCACUCCUGUUCUUGGGACUCUAGCCUCAACUCCAGAACUCAGAACUCCACCCAAGACAAUAGGUAAACCAAUCCUAGUCCAGACUCCACAUUCCAUUGUCUUUGUCAAUGGCAUCCAAUGAGGGGGGUUCAAAAAUCACCAUGAAUUUAGUUAUAUUGGCCCAGAGAGCAUUUCUAUUUCAGAGGACACAUAUUUAUGACAAUUUUUUUUACUUGUGAAUUGUUCAUUUUAAUCCCCUUGGACUUUGAAUGACAUUGUACAGCUGUGGUUGGAGCAGGCAUCGGUGGCACAGCAACAGCUUACUUCCUGAGACAGGAGUUUGGGGCAGUGGUGAAGAUCGAUGUGUUUGAGCCAGGCACGGGGCGACUGGCCACCUAG